AUGGCGAUUUCCAGUACCCCAAACUGACUUGACUCAGCACAGAAAAUUUCCGUCUGUUUCACUUUGUGUCGGUGUAUUGGAAAUACUCAGUGUAGAGUAGAAUAAUAAAUAAAAAUGAUAGAUGUAACAGUGAAAACUCUGGACUCUCAGAAUAAGAGUUUCAGUGUCGAAGAAGAGAUGACUGUACGCCAGUUUAAAGAGAAAAUAGCUGACUCAAUUAAUAUUUCUGCAGACACACAAAGGUUGAUUUUCCAAGGAAGGGUUAUGCAAGAUGAAAAGCUUUUGAAAGACUACAAUGUACAUGGAAAAGUGAUACACGUUGUUCACAGAAUGCCACCAAGUUCUAGACCCCCAAGUUCAUCACCUGGAGGUGCGACAUCCUCCCACCGGCCUCCUGGGGGUAGAGAUCUGAACAGUUUUGUCAUUGGAUCAGUGUCUGUCCCCUCUGAUGCAGUGGACACAGAUGAAAUCCAAAACAUUGUACAAGAUGCCAUCAGUGGAAUGGGGGAUAUGGGAAGAAAUGCCAGAGUGUCUACCAGAACAUCAAAUGAUGGAUCAUCAGUAGAUGUACAUAUACAUUUGGGUCAAGGUCAAGGUCAGGUAGAGAGUGAAUCACAGCAAAGGAUUAACCAUGCCAGACAGAUGUUACGAAUAGCUCAAGAAAAUCUGCAAACACUGGAGAAUCGUCAGAGAGGAAGUGAAAGAACAGAUGCUUCAGAAUCAUCGGCAUCAAAUGGCUCUAAUGCCACACCACAGAGACCAGAUCCACCCCAGCAAUCAACUGAAGAGAAUAAUGAUGUUGCCAUGGAAAGUGAAGAAUCACAGUCAUCCAGCCAAUCACAGCCACAAGCAAAUCAAAACAACAGCCAAUCACAACAGUCAAGUCAGGAGGGGACGGGAUCCUCUCAAAGUGGAGCCACACCAGAACAACCCAGGAUGGUUCGCCCUCGUAUAUCAGCUUUGGGAGAGGUACUGAAUGAAGUUCAUGAAAUAAAUCGGCGAUUCCAACCCUUCCUUGAACAGUAUCAACGACUUCUGCUGGAUGAUCCUGAAUUGUCAGAACAGGAAGUACAGGAAAAUACCCAGCUUUGUAACUUAGUAGGGGAAAUAACUCAUGCGAUCAGUCACUGUUACCACAAUUUGAGUGAUUUGAUGAUAGAUCUAAAUCAAGCUCGACCUCGACACUUAUAUGCUGCAUUUAUCUCCCCUCCUGUCCAGACAACCCUCAUACAUCAGCAAACUAUACCAGUACACAUCAAUGCGUCUCCUCGUCAGAGUCCAAGAGCUGGAAGAAGAAAUACUGGAACUCAGUCAACUGUGUCCACCUCAUCAAGUUCUACAUCCACCCCUACACCACCCACAAAUGCUGCUGGAUCUCAGACAGAAAGAACUAGCACCCAAUCCACAGGGACAAGUACAGGGCCCACUUUUACAGCUGGGGUGCCCCAAGCUGGUGCCACAGGGAACCCACCUGAGGGCUCAGAACCUUUGUUCCAAAUGAUUGACAUGGGCCCAGAUUCUGUAACAGAGAUUUCUGCUCACGUCAUUACGACGGAGAGGGAUAUGCCAACAGGUUCUAUACAAGUACCAGCAGCCUCCUCUUCUGGUGGCAGCAUGCCAGCCAUACCUCCUGAUUUGAUCCAGAACAUCGUAUCCUCAGUGAUGAUGGGGACUAUAGACCCAUCUGGAAGAGUGCAAGUAAAUCUGCCUGGAUCUAGAACCUAUGCUGAAGCUGCCACAUCUACCCCAGUAACAGCAGUUCCCAGCAAUACAUCAACAUCAGAAACUAAUUCAAGCUCUACACAGACAAACCCUGGACAGACAAACUCUUCAGAGACCCAGACUGCUGCCUCCGUUACAAACACUUCUGGCACCCAGACUCGUCCUCGUGCUGCAGCAUUUGUAGUGCCUGGUUUACCAGGUGGAUUACCCCCGGGACUUCCUGGUAUACCUGGCAUAGGAGGGAUGGGGGGAAUGCGAGGAGGGGUGGAUCCAUACUUACCCUGCUCUUCACGACAUUUCCUCAGACAACAAGUCAGAAAUGCUGCUGGACAAGGAGCUCAAGUACAGAUAAGCAUGCCAAAUCUAAUGGCAAAUGUAAUGGGUCAACUACAAAGCCAGCAGAGUGGACCCAGAACAACAGGAACAGCUAGUGCCAUGCCCAGCUCAGCACCCAGAACAGCAACAAGCACUUCUUCUACCGGAGGGUCAGCACCAUCAGCCCGAGUGGCAACAACCUCCACAGGAUCUUCUACAUCCACAUCAGGUUCCUCAUCAUCAUCUGGAAUUCCUCCUAACUUCCAAUUUGCCCAGUUUCCUGGUGGACCAGGGAUCCCCAGUGUCUCUAUACAGAUGGGAGGUUUGCCAGCAGGAAUUCCAUUUCCACCAGGCAUGUUUGGAGCAGGGCAGAUAGGAAAUAUGCUAGGAAAUAUGAUGGGAGGUUUAGGAAUGAUGAGGCCAGGCGCUCCACCAGGUGCCCCUGCCACAGGAACAAGAGCACCCCCAAGCAACAGACCCCCACCUCAGCCCCAGGGAAGUACAAGUACUCCUGCUGGAGGUCCACAGACAGGGGGAGGAGGACAACAGGGAGAACCUGUGUUUGUUCAAAUGCUGAGGUCAAUGCUGGCAGGAGCUCAACAGCAAUCUGGCUCCCCCACCACCCCUUCUACUACAGCCUCCACCCCUGUUGGAUCCACCUCCACAAGCAGCACCUCCUCCUCAGCUUCCUCUAGCACCACAGAACCAGUGAUGACUGAUGAUGUGUUUGCUUCCUUGGUUCAGGGAAUUAGCGGGAUUGUAACCAGAACAGCACUAGGACAAGGUCCCCCAGAGACCAUCUCUACUUUCCUAUCAAGCCUGGGAGAAAAUCACCAGAUUGUGCCGGGAGAGGCAGGUUUCAUUCACGAUGUUUUCAAUGUGGUAUCCAAUCACCUGACCUUCCCACAUCUAAUCCAAGUAUUUUAUGGAUCGGGUCAGCCUCUUGAUCAGCUGAGGGGACCACUACAGCAGUUCUUCCGAGAUAGGAUACUGAAUGGUCGGGAGGCGAGUGCUGAGAACAUAGUCCAGGCUGUAGAUACUCUUGUUAAUGAUAUGCAGGAGGAACUUACAGAAACUGCUAAUGUUUCAGAAGUAAAACCACAGAUCAAUCUAGUUGAGACAUGGAAUAAUUUUUUCAGAACACAGUUAAUAAGCAUCAUUACAUUCAUUAUGAGAGCGGAAUCUGAUGGAGGAUUUGGUCAGGAGUUGUACAAUAGAAUGAGAAUGGCGCUCUCCCUGCUGAUAAUUCUGACUCAGCACUGUUUAACCGGAGGCAUGGCAGGUCUCCAGGCCCUUAUACAAAAUCGUCUGCAAUACAUCACACGAGGUGUGAAUCCCAUGAUUCAACAGUGGAUGAUAACUGUGACUACACAACAGUUAAAUCAAUUCCUGCCAACAAUUACAGUAACUGAGACUGACAUUACAACUUACCUGGUCCUGAAAAAAGAAAAGAAGGCGGAGGAGGCUGCCAAACUGUCUCCCAUGGACACCACCUCUCCUGGGGCCUCACAGCCAGAGGCAGGCGAGAGCAAGCAGAUGGAUGUAGAUAUGUCUAAGCCAGAGGAAGCAGCUGCCCAACCCAGCACUAGCCGACUGGUGAAUGGCAAUAACUCCAGUAACAAGAAGCCUCUGACUACCCCCAAACCAGAGCCAGCUGGGGCUGCCAUGAGCUCAGAGGGCUGGGAUAGAGAAGUCCCUGCAGAAUGGGUGCCAGUGAUAAAUGGUGAUGUUCAAAAACAAAAGCAACAGAGACACCAGCCUCCAUUUAGUGAUGCCUACUUGAAUGGAAUGCCCCCAAAACGUAGAAGACUCAUGACACAAGACAGACCUGGAGACCUUGCCAAUACUCCGCAGUCCUUAACAGAUCAGCUGACUGAAGCAGUGAGGGUUGCGGGGGUGGAGCCUAUCAGUAGCAUGGAGAACCUGAGGACAGAGGCUAGUACCGACACAGAGCUACAGUCAGCAUAUGAGGAACAAGUUCAUAAUGCUAUAUCUCACAGAGUGUCUCAUGAUACGGACUACAACAAAGAUCGAUUCCCAAACACGGAAUCUUACUUUAACAAUGAUGAUGAUUAGUUCAGCUUCUAACUAAAACUUAACACCCCAGAGUAAGCUGUGUUAUGUUCAUAAAUACAUCGGUGUUUGUUCUAUUUACAUCAUCACAGUCAUUUCGUGGAUUUCAGAAGAGUUAAGUUGGCAGCUUCUACACACUGACAAGUACAAAACAUAAUGAUGUGUAUUAAGUGUGGUGAUUUUUGCCAUGGAAUGAUUUGCUAAUAGAAAACUUUUACUGCAUAGAACUUGUUAAAUUUUAAUUGAUGACCAAAAUAAUGGAACUUUCUGUUGUCAUAUUUUAUUGGAAUGUCCUGGAAUAUACAGACAUUGUACUCUGAUUAAUUUUAUUUAUUUUAAA